AUGCAGCAAGGCCAGGGCUGGGUGCUGCUGGCAGCUCUUCUCCUCGCUGGGCUGGGUCACCCCACAUCCGAGGCCUUCAAGGUGAACAGGCGCCCGGUGCGGACUCGAACCUGCGCCGACCGGCCGGAGGAGCUGCUGGAACAGCUGUAUGGGAGGCUCACCGCGGGCAUGCUCAGCGCCUUCCACCACACCCUGCAGCUGGAACCGCUGGAGAAAGACCAUAACGUGAGCUGUCCGGCAGGGGGCAGAGCAGCCAGUGAGAAAAAGUACCGCCUCCCUAUCAACCUGCACAGCGUCUCCCCCUGGUCUUACAGAAUUUCCUACGAUCCCACAAGGUAUCCCAAAUACAUUCCUGAAGCGUACUGUCUGUGCAAGGGCUGUCUCACUGGGAUUUAUGGCGAGGAGAAUUUCCACUUCCGCAGCACCCCAGUGUACAUGCCAACCGUCAUCUUGCGCCGCACUUCAGCUUGUGCUGGGGGUCGCUACGUGUACACAGAGGAUUACGUCACUAUCCCUGUGGGGUGCACUUGUGUACCGGAGCAGGAAAAAGAGGCAGACAGUGUCAAUUCCAGCAUAGAUAAGCAAGAAAUGAAGUUGUUGGUAAACCAGAAUGACAAGCCAGCAUCUGAAUGA